GUGGAAAGUGUUCCACAGGGAUGCUGGCCCCAUGUGGACUCUACAAGGUGUGGAAAGUGUUCCACAGGGAUGCUGGCCAUAUGUGGACUCUACAAGGUGUGGAAAGUGUUCCACAGGGGUGCUGGCCCCAUGUGGACUCUACAAGGUGUGGAAAGCGUUCCACAGGGAUGCUGGCCCCAUGUGGACUCUACAAGGUGUGGAAAGUGUUCCACAGGGAUGCUGGCCCCAUGUGGACUCUACAAGGUGUGGAAAGUGUUCCACAGGGAUGCUGGCCCCAUGUGGACUCUACAAGGUGUGGAAAGUGUUCCACAGGGAUGCUGGCCCCAUGUGGACUCUACAAGGUGUGGAAAGCGUUCCACAGGGAUGCUGGCCCCAUGUGGACUCUACAAGGUGUGGAAAGCGUUCCACAGGGAUGCUGGCCCCAUGUGGACUCUACAAGGUGUGGAAAGCGUUCCACAGGGAUGCUGGCCCCAUGUGGACUCUACAAGGUGUGGAAAGCGUUCCACAGGGAUGCUGGCCCCAUGUAGGACUCUACAAGGUGUGGAAAGCGUUCCACAGGGAUGCUGGCCCCAUGUGGACUCUACAAGGUGUGGAAAGUGUUCCACAGGGAUGCUGGCCCCAUGUGGACUCUACAAGGUGUGGAAAGCGUUCCAAUGUUUCCCACAGUUGUGUCAGGUUGUCUGGAUGUCCUUUGGGUGGUGAACCAUUCUUGAUACACACAGGGAAACUGUUGAGUGUGAAAAACCCGGCAGCGUUGCAGUUCUUGACACAAACCGGUGCACCUUCUACCAUACCCUGUCUAAAGGCUCUUCAAUAUUUGGUCUUGCCCGUUCACCCUGUGAACGACACACAAUCCAUGUCUCAAUUAUAAAUCCUUCUUCAACCCGUGUCCUCCCUUUCAUUCUACACUGCUUUGAAGUGGAUUUAACAAGUGACCUCCAAAAGGGAUCGUAGCUUUCACCUGGGUUUCACCUGGUCAGUCUACGUCACGGGAAAAGAGCAGGUGUUCUUAAUGUUUUGUAAACUCGGUGUAUGUAAUAGUUUAUUUUUUAGAUGUUAUUUCUCAUUGCUUUUUAACGUCCUGUAUUC